UCGCAGCUCAUUUAUCAUAAAUUAUUUUCUCACUAGACAAGAGAACUCCAAAAUGUUUUUGACACAAAUCCUUGUUUGCAAAGUCUUUAGUCUUAUGUCUUGUGACUUUGUUAUCAUUCACAAUCAUUGACGUCAAUCAUCUACCCCCAUACUUGCAAAUCUUUCGUAUCUUUUUUUUUCUUCACCUUUUUUUGAGAAAUCUCUAGAUCUUUAAUUCAUAGAAUUUGGAAUUUCACAUCUUUUCUCGUCUAAUUUCUUAACAACGCAAAUAGUCGCAUCUACGUUUACAUUUUUACGAAUAAUCAAAUAUUUUAAUUAAAUUUCACUAAUCAAGGAUUUUAAUAUAAUUAUUAUGAUUUCUUAUAUAAUAAUUUAUCAUUGUAAUUGUUUAUUAAUUUUAAUUACACAAAUUUUAAUUGCUCUUCAGCAGUAAUCGGUGGUGCCAAUUGCACUCAACCGGCAAUCGAAGACUUUCCGCAUGAUAUCUUCGACGAGAAGCAACGGCAAAGCGGAGCCGUCAUUGUUCAUGUCAUCGUUUCUCUUUACCUCUUUAUAGCAUUAGCAGUAGUAUGUGAUAAGUUUUUCGUACCUGCCGUAGAAAAAAUAUGCCACGCACUUUCGAUGUCGAAAGACGUGGCCGGUGCAACGUUUAUGGCGGCAGCGACGUCAGCACCUGAAUUAUUCGUCAACGCCAUUGGAACCUUUAUCACAGAAGGUGAUAUUGGCGUUGGAACGAUAGUAGGAUCUGCGGUAUUUAAUAUCUUAGCAGUUCCAGCUUGCUGCGGAAUUGGUGCUGGAAUGGUGGUACCACUUGAUUGGUGGCCCGUUAGCAGAGACUGUCUAGCAUACGGUGUAACCGUGGCAAUUUUAAUUUGCAUCAUACACGACGAGAGGGUUGAAUGGUAUGAAGCAUUGACACUCGUUCUGCUUUAUAUCGUUUACAUUGCCGUCAUGUACUGGGAUAAAUCAUUCCAAAAAUGCGCGCGAUUUGGCGCAAAAAAAGGCGAAUUACCUCCAGAUGAAUCUCACGUGAGAACAGCUGACGCUGGAGAUAUUCACUUAUCAAGAUCCGAUAAGGUGCAAUCAUCAACAGAUCGCGUGGAGCAAAUUGCAACAAUAGAUGUGCCUUUGCAAAAUGGUGGCACCAAAACACAGGAGGAAAAUCACGAGCCUGAAUACGAAUACGAAUUGCUCGUUUGGCCGUCGCAAAGUGGAUGGAUUCGAAAGACUGCAUGGAUACUUACCUGGCCGAUUCACUUGAUAUUCAUGUGCACUAUACCAGAUUGCGAGAAGCCUCGAUUUAAAAAAUGGUUUCCGAUUACUUUCCUUAUGUGCAUUGUCUGGAUUGGUUCGUUAAGUUACGUGGUUGCAUGGAUGAUUACAAUUAUCGGAGAUACAUUGAAGAUACCGGAUUCUGUAAUGGGUAUCACAUUCCUAGCGGCUGGAACCAGUGUACCAGAAGCUGUAUCUAGUGUAAUUGUUGCCAAACAAGGUCACGGUUCCAUGGGCAUAAGUAAUUCAAUUGGUUCGAAUACCUUUGACAUUCUCCUCUGCUUGGGACUUCCUUGGCUGAUAAAAUCCUCCUUUUCGCCAACUCAACCAGGAAAACAUUACAUCAGUAUAAAUUCAGCGGGCCUUGAGUACAGUGCAAUUUCCUUAUUAUCGACACUAUUGCUACUGUACAUUGCCUUCGCAUCGAAUAAAUUUCAACUGGACCAAAAAGUAGGACGCAUCUGCUUAUGUAUGUACGCGGUCUUCCUGAUUUUGGCCUCUCUCAUCGAGCUCAACGUAUUCUUUAGGGUGAAUUUACCCACUUGUCAGAGGACGGUCAAGUGAAUCUUACAACGUUCCUCGGGUCACUUCAAAUAGACCUCUCACUUGUUCCACACACGUUUUAUCAAAAUACUCUCCAACAUUCAUUCAUCGAAUUUACCACAUUCGUGUAUGCAAAGAGAGACCAAAACUCUUCGUUCUCGUCGAUCUAGAACUCAAAAUAUUUUUUUUUCCCAAUCAUCUCCUUUUUAUCAACGAACAAUUUCUCGGUACUUUCACUCACAACAAUUUUUUUUCUUUUGCUAACUAAUUAUCCAUUUAUAAAAAAAAACUAUUGACCUAAAAAUUAAUGACCGAAAUCAAAAUUUCUCUCAAAGAAAUUCUAAAUCGAAUUCUAUUUUGUAAAAAAUUUAAAUUUCUAAGAUUCGAAAUUGAUUUUUCACAAUUAAUUUAAAAAACUAAACUCAACAUUCGUUGUGAGUGACAUUAUUUCGAGAAUCAAUUUCACGAUACUGCAAGAUAAUUCAUUUGAGAAAAAUAUUUUGUUUCAUCAAGAAAAUUGGUAAAUUUGGUUACAAAGAGAUUAUUCAAAACAAAGUUAAAUUCAAAUCAAAAUUUUUUUUAACAAAAUUCGUUUUAAUUAAAAAAUUGUAUUAACAAAAUAUUUUUCCCUUCGUUUAAGUUUAGACAUUAUGAUUUUUCUUAAGUUAUAUAUAUUAUUAUUAAAGUUUAUAAAAACAGGUCCUUAUUCUAUCUGCUCGUACUCGCAUCGUGUAAUCUUUCAAUUUUAAUUAUAAAGCAAAAAAAAUUAAUUAAUUUAUUUUUUAAUUCAUGAUUAGUUACAUAAUCAAGAGAGACUAUAUUCCCGUGUGUUAAAUUUUCGAGAGUGGAGAACAGAAUUUAGACCUCGAAAAAGAUCACAGAAAUCAGAGUUAAAUAGUUAGCAAGCAUCCAUCAAGAGAGAUGUGUUUAACGGUUCAGUAGUUACAGAUCACUUCAGUCAGACAUGAGCGGAUCUCCAUUCUAAUUGCUACCUAAAAUAACUCCCCGGAGAAUUUAAUUCCUAAAAGCGAAUGAAAAUCGGAAAUAAAAAAUUUUUUUUUUCUUCGUUUCUAUUUUUUUGUAAUUUACUUUCAACGUAACAAAAUUAUUUUAUAUUUUAGCAUUCAGUGAACAAUAUAAUUUCAUUUAUAUUAUUGAAUUAUUUCGUUGAAAUUUUUUUUUUACAUGAAUUGGAAAUAGAAAAAAAUAUUCGGUAUUCUAUUUUUGAUGGAUGCUUGAUUUUACACAGUUUUACUCGAACUAUAUUAUAUAGUGAAAUAAUAUUGAAUGAAUCUCAAAGGAAUGAAUCUCAACUAUAUAUAAAUAUAUUUUAGUUAAGUGCAAAGUUAAGAUAUUUUUAGAUGUUUGUCUAUUUCGGCUGAUCAAAGUGUUCUGUAUUAUUUACUGCACAUGUUAAACAUCAUUCGUCUUGCAAGAUUUUGUUUUUUUUUAGGAAAUAUUAUUAAUUAAUUAAUUCUCAAUUUGUAAUAUUUACGUGUAUAAUAGAAAUUUCCAAAUUUCAAGAAAACUUUUUUUUUUAAGU